UAUCGCGCACCCACGCGCACAAUAGCAUUCUUCCCUUAACUGCGAAUGCGCUUCCCCCUCUCGUCUUUGUCGCCUCUCUGCAGUUCCGGUAGCAACAAUCUGAGCAAUGCUCUGUUCGAUCUCCACCGGAAAAUCCGGUUCCAAGUGGCUCGACCGCCUCCGGUCGGCCAAAGGUUUUCCGACCGGCAACGACGAUGAUCUCGAGCACUUCCUCACCCACCGAGACCCUAACCUGUCCAAUUCUCCAAUCACCAAACCCUCCGAUCCCAAAUCCAUAUCCGAUUCCACUUGCUCCGAUGAAAAGCCAGUUCAAGAUCGGAGCCAGCCGCCGGAGACCGGAGAAAAGGAAUGGUUUGGUAUAAUGAGCAAUGUUCUAGCGGAGCUUUUUAACAUGGGAGACUCCAACCAAAUCCCCAAGCUUUCCGGGAAGAAGAGUUCCAGGAAACAAACAAACCCUAAAAUCUGCCUUCUCUCGAGUGUGCGGCAGGAGGAUGAGGUUCCGGCUACUGCGCCGUCCAGCGGCGAUAACAGUUUGACGGAGAUGAAGGAUUCGAACGGCGAGGUGAAGACGGUAAAUCAAGGGAAGGUUGAUUGUUUGGAUGCUGAGGAAGAGAAGUGCAAUCAGGAUCUUUCGGCGUACUCGCGGAGUGAAGUGACGGUGAUUGAUACGAGCUGUGCGGUGUGGAAGUUUGAGAAGUUGUUGUUUAGGAAGAAGAAUGUGUGGAAGGUUCGAGAUAAGAAAGGGAAGUCGAGGAGUAUUGGGAGAAAGAAGAGGAAAGCGAGUGAAUGCGAUGAGCAGUUGGAAGCGAGGAAAAAGAUGAAACUUUCUGUAGAAUCAUUCAAGGAAAGAAAUGAAGAAGAGUCUGCAAUGCCAUCAAAUGAAGAACAAAACCCUCACGAUGCCAAAAAGGAAGAGUGCAAAGAGACUUCAGAUGGUCUCAGCCAAGUUCCUAAAAAGAGGUCGCCUUUCUCUAGAUUACCCAGGAAAUCAAGGGAGGGAGGCUCACCUGUUAUCCUUGUAAGAGGCAGCAAGAAAACUGGGGCAAACCUUCCUAAAAUCACUCUCAAGGAUACUUCAAGACGGCACAAGGCUUGAUCAAUCUGCUAUUUCAAAGCUCUGAAGCGAAACCGGCAGUCAUCCCCAGUACAAUCAGCUAUCUGCCAUUUCUGCCCUUGGUGCCACCAGAGAUUCAACCACAGCUAUUUGACAUCUCCCCUUGUGAGGGCACAAGCCAUCCAAUAUGGGCAUUUUGUUCCAUUUACUAAUCUACUUCCCUUUUGGAAAAAGUUAAAGAGGAGUUCAUGAUAAACUUUGAAUUACAUCUAAAACAACUUCAUACCCGACCUUAUGAUUCUGCAUUUUCCUCACCAAUCAACCAUGGUGUGACCUUAAUUUAUCUUUAUUUUGUAUCCCAUUGCAGCAAUCCAUUAAUAAUUUUCAGUUCUCUUUCAA